CAUACCACUACUUGAGUUGAGAGGCACAUAAAACACAGUUCUUGAGAGGCCCCUCUAUCUCUUCCCCAAUACAUUUUUAUCUUCUCGAAAAAUUAGAAAGAAAUUCUAUAAAAAUGACUCAGAUUAGCAGAAAAAUGUACAGAUUAGACCUAAAAAGAACGAUUCUAUGGCGUGUAGCUCUUCUCCGGCGAUGUGCUAGAUCUCUCUGGCACCAAAUUCUUGCUUGUUGGAUCGGAAAAUCUGUCCGGUACCGGCAAUUGUUGCACUCCGGUCCUUUGAUUCCGACGUCUCGUCGUUCUCCGACAACGACGAUCGACCCAGCCACCGUGAGCCACCAGUUUCCGGCGUCCAGCGGCGAAAUGUCGUCGUCCUCUGGUGGCUCCGAUCACGAUCAAGAUACUUCUGAUUUGGUGACGUUGAAGAUUAGUCUUUUGGGUGAUCAUCAUAUCGGAAAAACGAGCUUCUUGGCAAAAUACGUUGGGAAAGAAAAGAAUCAAGAAGAAUUAAAAGUUAAAGGCAUAAAUCAGAUGGAUAAAACAUUGUGUGUUAAAGGAGCCAGGAUUUCCUACACCAUUUGGGAAGUGGGUUGUGAUGCAUUUUGUCAAGAUGCCGAUUUGAAAACAUCGAUUCCUGCUGCUUGUAAAGACUCGGUAGCAUUGUUGUUCAUGUUUGAUUUAACAAGUCGUUGUACACUUAAUAGUGUUAUCAAUUGGCAUCAACAAGCUAGGACUUAUAAUCAGAGUGCGAUUCAUGUUAUGGUUGGUAGCAAGUUCGACGAAUUCGUUCAGCUUCCAUUGGAUUUACAGUGGACAAUUGCAAGUCAGGCAAGAGCAUAUGCAAAGGCUAUAAACGCGACAUUGUUCUUCUCGAGUGCAUCUUACAAUAUAAAUGUAAAUAAAAUCUUCAAGUUCGUAACUGCGAAGCUCUUUGACUUGCCAUGGACUUUGGAGCGAAAUCUUACAAUUGGCGAGCCUAUUAUUGAUUUCUGAUUUCUGAUGUCAGUAUUCGUUAUUCAUGGAUUCAGUAUUCAGUAUUCACACCCUCCUCCGUCUUUAAGUUUGUGAUGUAAAUAUAGAAAAGAAAUAUGGGGAGGAAGUGGUCGAUCGAUCGUAUAGUCAGUUAUUGCAUCUUCGUUCUUUGUUUUCUAGUUAAGUGAGAUUUCAAGGGUUUUCAGUUCUUUUUAUUGUUUUUUUUACUGGAGAGCUUGGUGGAGGUAUCGAGGCUUCCCUGUCUUCAUGUAAAACCUGUAUUUUCUUGUUAGUGAAUUGAUUUCAAAAUUGGUUAAA